GGUUGACGUUUGUGUAGUAUCUCGAAAGUUCUUGGAAAAGUGACAUAUUGUCAAUUACAGUAGAAAUUAUAUUUUAUCGGAGUGCAGGUGAUACUUAACCCAUCAUUAUGGAUACCGAUGUCAAUAAGAUGCCUGUUAAUAAGAUCCAUCGUAUUUUAUUGGAUGCUGGCUUACCAUCAACUAUUGAAGAUCUCAAAAAUCCUGCGGAACAAUACAUUAUGAUGUUAUUAACAUCGUUCUUGUCACAAUUUGGCAUUAAUAUGAACUUAAUUGAUCAGCCAACUGCAGAACAGUGUGCUAUUAUGACAUAUUUUAAGGAUUCUGACAUAAUAAGUCUGAUCAACUUGCACACAGCUCUGACACAAAUAUUUAACAAGAUAUUUUUAGAAGAUUUUCACAUUACUGAUAUUACUAAUCCAGGACAAAAACGACUUAGGAGGCAAGCCAAAUUUCUCGCUAACUUUGUAUUGUAUGCAAUGCAGAAAAAAAUAGACAUUAAGGAUAGAAUGGAUGAAGUUCAUGCUAGAUCUAAGCUACUAGAAGAAUUAAAAGAUAAGAAAACUCAAAUUGUGGAGUCUAUUAAUGAUAAAGCUUUGCACAAAGCAAAACAAUUGUCUUUGAUGAAGAAGCUUGAAAAUGAUAUACAACAUGUACAGUCAAAAAUUGAAAAGAAUAAUAAAAGGGAAUUAGAACUUGAGCUAAUAAAAAAUAAAGCAGAAAAGGGAAAUCAUAAAGCUAAGGAACUUUGUAGAUCUGUUAAAGCAACUGUAAUGAAGCUGUCCAAAGAAAUAGAUGACUUACAGUCAGAAGUAGUAUAUUCACCAGAAGAGUUUCGAUCACGUCUAAAUGAACUUGAGGAGCAAAAGAACGUAAAAAUCGAGGAACGUGACAUAAUGCAAGAAGCCAUUCAAGAUAAAAAACAAUCUAUGAAACAGAUUGGAGCAGAACUGGAUAUUAUCCAGAAAGUGAAUGAUGAAUUGACUGCGCUUAAAAUUAUAUAUGAGCAGCUAAUGAACCAAAAAACGCAAUCAGAUAAUAUUAAGAAGCAGAUUGAAUCGCUGAACAAUAUGCGAAAUGAACAACAAAGUAAAUUAUCAAUGCUUAAAAGCCAAACCGAUAGCGAAGUGAACGAACUCAAAUCAUAUCGUAAGGAAGAUAUCGUUAAAUUGGAUGAUUUGUAUAAACAAUUACUGAGUGAGAAAAAUUCGAAGAAAACUCAGUUAGAUGCGAGAAAAGUUUACUUCAAUGAGAAGUGCCUAGAAAGAAAUAAAUUGAAAGAAGAGAUUAGAAGAAAAGAAGAGGUAUCCGCGGCUCUCGUACAGAAUUUUCAAGGAAUUUAUGACAAUGAAAUUGCUGAUGAACUUAAAUUACGGAAAGCCUACAGGGAGUUAUAAUUGGAAAGCGUUUGGAAGGAAUCAUCCAAUAAAACGGAUUGUAUCUAUUAAUUAUUAUCAUAUAUAUAAUUA